UAUUACGUAAUACAAAUGUAAAGGUGACUAUAUAGGAGUGUUUCAUUUCAUGUUUCAUAGAUUAAUUAAAGGGUCACUGACAUGAUUUUUCAGCGUUGCUUAAAUAUGUUCUAUAUUGUAUGUACUUGUGUUCGGGUUUUUUUGAACGCGAACGUUAAAUUAGUAAAAAUUACAUUUUUAAAUGUCUCAAACCGCCAUUUUGGUCGGAGCUCAUUGGAAGGGGAAUUAAGCCAUCUUUCUUGGAACCACCGACGAUGGACGAUGUCUGAUGCUGAGGUGACAAAGACAUGGAGAUGAAGAUUUCUCGGCUUCAAACACAAAAUGAUCUGUUCCUAGCAUCAAAAAUGCGUUUAUACCGUACUUGUAAAGGUGUUUCUUCAUAGAAGUCUUCAGUGAAAUGAACACGAGGCGGUGGUCCAUAUCGCAUACACCGAAAUUACCACUCGCUUCGGUCUCCAGACAAGCUCCACAAGGAGCAGCACCCUUUCAUGAUUCACUGCUGGUGUCGGAGCCACAGGCCAAGGCCGUCGGACUGGUUUACGGCAUAAGGGGAGGGAGGAAAAGGGAUCUAGUUGAGACAAUGGAUGGGAGCAUUUACAUGUGCCAAGGUGCUCGCCCGAGUGAAACUUGCUCUUGCCAUGGUUAUGUUGCGAAAUCAUUUCACCUCACCUCCCAAUUUAAGGAAGUCCAUGUAAGGCAACUUGCCUGGUGUCUGUCAGCAACCGCUGUUCAGUACUGUUGGUUGUUUUUUAUAUAAAAUAUCAUCCAGAAAGUGCUUUUUCGGAUGUACACUAAGAAGUGUGUACUGUCGUCCCUCGCCACUUCGCGGCUUCACUCUAUUACGGUUUUUCAUAAAUAUACUAAUUAAUAAUGUUUUUUGGUUGAAUACUGCCUAUUAUUAAUGAAAACAUGCUUAUUUAAGCUUGUGUUAUAGAUUUUUUUGCCUAAAUGAAGCAUAAAAAUGGCUGAAUGAACUAAAAUGCAAAUAUAAGGCAUUCAGAAGACUCAUUCAAAGAUGUUGAUGUAGUAGUCUACACUCGUCACUAGGCGUCAGUAAAGUUACACCAACGCCUGCCAUCCUGUCGUCCUUUUUCACGUUAAUUGACGUGACUCCAGUUUUAAUACCCUGAACUCCUGGAGAAUCCCAUUCCUUCUGUACACCACACCACUACCAGGAGAGAAUCUUCCACUCGUGCGUGGCUUUCCCGAAACCGGAUAAGAACUGGCGUUAGGCGUUGGCCUGCACCUGCAGCCUGACUGACCAAACCACACAACAUGUACGGCAUGAGUGCCCCAUACUGCGUCCACCCGAAGACAUUGUUUUUGACCUGGCCUUCCCUAAUCCUGAUACAGUGAGCUGGCUGUGAGGUCUGGAGAAGACCGUGUAUCUGUCUCACACAACAACAAGAAAUGAUGUUAUUGUAAUGUUCGGAGAGACACACAAUCAUCAGACUUGAUCGCCGCAACAACAGGCUUUUGUUGCAGGUUUGAAUAAUCUCACAACAGGCACAAUAAUUCCUAAUAAAAACACUGGCUAUCAGCCACACCAAGCUAAAAUUCAGUUCUGAACACCAGAUGUUACCUCCUCUCCGCCACUCACUCUGCUUCCCUAGGGAACACAUUUAUAGCAACACACACAAGCACAAGGCUUAUUUAUGUCUUAAAUGGCUUUUUUACUCUUUAUUAUGUGUACUAUAUUGGGGAAUACGAGUGCAAAAGUGACUAGAGGGGUGUUAUUUCAUGUCUAGAGGGCUCUAGUAAUGUGAAAAUUCCAAUUUAGAAGGUCCUAAACAGGUGUUCUAUGCUAUGAAAAUAUUCUAUUCAUAAAUAAGGAAUUGGACUUUGUGGGUCUGGUUGGCUGCGAUUGGCUGGCGACCAGUCCAGGGUGUACCCUGCCUCUCGCCCAAAGUCAGCUGGGAUAGGCUCCAGCAUACCCGCGACCUAGUGAGGAUAAGCGGCAUAGAAGAUGGAUGGAUGGGUCUGGUUGGGUCUGGAACCAAUUAACCACAAUAAACACGGGAUUACUCUAUCUAAACCAGAGCAAGGCAGCAACGGGAAGAUUUUUGGUUUUCUGGGGAGCUACAGACCUACCUUACGAUCACUUCUCCUCUGCUCUCGCCACUUCAUGAAUAACUUUCGUAGUUCGCCGCCAGGUUCGCCAAGAUCCAAUUUGUCGGUACCGAUUGCUAUAACCAUUAGCACAUAACCGGUUGAGGGGGCGUGGCUCUAUGCAGAGCUGAACGGUGGCAGGGCAUGACGAGGUUGGGGUCAAGAGGAGAAGAAUGCAGAUUUACCCUGUACACAACUUGAGUAUUUUCUGAAAGGAAACUUAAUAUGCUGCCCCACUGGGAUCUUAUGUCAUUAAAAGCCCUGCAAUGAUUUAAUGUUGAUGUCCUUGUGUCAUGUACAGUACUUUAGUACCCCUGACUUUAACCUUAAUUCUCCGCAGUGUGCAUCUGAAGAAUACCUUCCUGCUUUCUUAAGCAUGAGAUCUGCUCUGGUCCCCACAGGAGAUGUCGCUAUGCACCAGUUGCACCUCGGCCUUGGUUGUCAUGUCAUCCUUUUUCCUCCUUAGCGCCUUGCUUACACGUAAGGCAGGCAGCUAUUUGCUUGCUCACCGCCGACAACCAAACACCAACAACAACAAUAAAAAAAAGAAACAAAGAAUGCCAAGCAACCUUUAUUAGUCAUAGUUGUACAAACAGAGUGCUCCACCCCACACGCCCUCCCCUCCUUGACUGGCUGGGCUUGUUAGUGCUCACACCCGUACCUGUAGCUCAGGGCUCAAGACACCUGUCACACACACAUUUGUCAGCAGGCGCACUGAGCGGGACACUACUAUCCUGCGUGGAGCCCAUCGGGAUAAUAAAGCAUCACCAGCCUGAUAAGAACCAGUGAAGAAGAAGCAGAAGACAGAGAAGCUCAGCUAGAACCAUGUCAAAUGUGUACGAGAAAGAAACUGUGUUCCGUACCACCAAAGUCAGAACCAAGCUGAAGGACGACGGCAGCUGGAUGAACCGCAGCAGUGAACCUGAGGAUGCAACGAAAGAGAAGCCAUGGAUGGCAGAAUUAAGGGCCAGACGUCAGAAUGCAGCAUCGACGGAAACCAGUCCAGUGUCCUCACCCACUUCUGCUCCACCAUCCAAGUCUGACAGCGAUAAACCAUCUUCUGGAUCUAUGAUCAGGGGUGCUUUCACCAAACUAGACAAACCUGCUUCAUCUUCAACUUCCAAUGGCAUUAGCAGUGGCACGUCACAUUUCACCAAAAGACCUUCGGAGGGCUACAAGAAAAUUGCCCCCCACACGGUGAAGCCCACUACUGACAACGUGGACAGCAAGAUUAGCAGUGAGGAGCAAGAGAAACGCACGACAGCAGCCAGCAAAGUCCUGCCCAAAUCUGCAGCCAAGGAGCGGUCGUAUGUGCUCUCUGCUGCAAAGAAAUUUGAGUCUCAAAUAAAAGCAGCUGACGCUUCAGUGGCCAACGACACUCCAUCGUUUGUGGCUAAAAGGGUGAAGAUCGCAGAUGAUGCUUCUGCAAAUCCACCACCUGUCAGCGCUGUGCUCCCCUCCGCUGUCACCUCUGUCACAUCUGUUGCUUCGGUCCCAGAGCCGCAACCACAAAACAUAGUCGAGACAGCUGUUGGGCACGUCACUGUUAAUGAGACUCAGAGGGUGGAGGAGGUCCUCCCUGAACCUGUGAAAGAAGAUCCUCCUCCAGCAUCUUCCCCAAAAAAGGCCCCGUUUGAAGACAUGACACCAGGCAGCACCAAGGUGGCCUCUCCUCUCCCUGAACUCAUCCCUGAUUAUCUUCACGUCGUUUCGACCCAUUCACAACUUGAUGAUUCAGAAGCUGCUGAAACGUAUCCAAUGUCAGUCGAUGAACAAGUACAAGAAUACAAACCAGAGCCAGAGCCUGAACCUUCUGAAAACUCAAGCUCCAGAGUUGAACGACUCACCGCCAUGUAUGAAAAUCUCGUUCCAUCUGAAACAGAAACAACCAGCUUCAAGGAUGACGAGCCAGUGCUGGCAGAAGAAGAGGAAGACCCAGGGGAUGCUGGCUCAGAAGAAGGUGAUGAACAGGAACCAGCUGCAGCGCUCAACAACCAUGAAGCAACAACAGAGAAUCUCCUGGAUCUCAUUUCUGGCGAGGAGGAGGACCCCUCGAGCUUCCGUGUGACCACCACAGUCACUGAAUUCAGUCGAGAAGAACCUGCGCAGCCUGUUCUCCCCAGCCCGGGACGUUGGAGUCAGGCUCUCCUCACUGACCUGGAAAGCCCCACAGAGACGGUUACUAUAACCACUCAAACCAUAACCACUGUUACUGACAGUGAGGAGAAGGACCCCGUGAGCUCCCGUGUGACCACCACAGUGACUGAGUUCAGCUCGGCUGAUCCAUUUGAUCCGUAUCCGAUAGGGACCACAUCCCCAAACAGCUCCUCUGACCUGCUGCAGCCCAUCUCAGAUCUUUCCAUCAAUAGUUCGUCAACCAGUUUCUUGGAGAAGCAAGAUCCAGCGAUCGUGACGAGCACUAAGGCUUUGGAAUCACUGGCAGAUGACAUCAUCCCCAUCAACACCAGUGCCACAAGCCUCAGCACUCAUCAGUCGUGGGCGCGCACGUGGGAAACCACGACUCCUCUGCAGACCCACAUAGAGGAGAGCAGAGAGGCUCCAGGAGAAGGCCGAGAGGAAGAGCAACAGACUCUGGUUAUGUUUGAGAGGAAGUCCAAAGAAGAUGACUCUCCAUGGGACAGGUGGACAUCGCCCUCCGUGUACACGAUCACAUCCACCACAGAGAAGGAAGAGGAAGAGGAGAGCACAGAGGACUCACAGAUACACACGGUCACAACCAUCACCACCAUCAGGGAGACCUAUGGAGAACAGGAGGAGUUUGGGACGGAUCGGACCAUGCUACAAGAAGUCCCACGCACCCCCUCACCAGAGCCUGAAAUCAAGAAGCCCUUUGUGUACUUGAAGGAGUACGUCAAUUCCACAGAGCUGUCCUCCCAUAACGCCACAGACACAAUCAAUAGCUGGUCUUCCUCUUACUCCAGCUCGCUGUCCUCCCCCUGCACGUACUGUGGACAGCUGGUGGGCAAUGAUGCCAAGAUCACCAUCGAGCACCUUAAUAUUAACAGCCACCCGAGCUGCUUCAAGUGCCACUCCUGCCGUAAGCCGAUGGGAGACCUCCUGUACAACAUGUUCCUGCACGGAGGCAAAGUCCACUGUGAAAGCUGCUACUCUGCAGCUCUCGAUUGAUCGCAGCGGCUUUCCAUUUGCAUUUAAAGUGAGAAGCCGACUCCUUCCAACCACAAGUUGGGACUGCUUUGAAUGUAAGAAAGACGGAGCCUGAGCUGUGACCCAAGAGACUGUAAUAGUGAGCAAUACAAAUAAUUGCUUUUGAUUCAUUUUACGUAGGACUAGGUUCGUAUUUGUAAACAUGUUUGUGUUCUUCUUCCCGCUGGUGAAAGCUCUACCGGUAACGUAAGGAUUACGCCAGGAUUUGUAUGCAUACAGUAAAGACCAAAAUGAUUCAUGUAGUGGCCACAUUUUGAGUUAAGUUAUGUAUUUUUAUUUUCUGCUGGAUAUGACACAUGGAAGUGGCAAAAAUUCCACCUUUUCUCAAUACCGGCAUAUCCAAUGAUCUAUAGCUGAUUAGACGUUUGUCAUCAGGAUUUUCUAAAUUCAAGGUCUGGACCCAAAAUGGGUUUCAGGUGAAUUUCCAGUGGGCCAUAGUUUAUGUACAGUAUGUUGAUGUACAUUAGAAACUGUAAAUUCGGGUCCUGGAGGAACCGCAUUUCUGAAUUUGCUUGAAAACAUUUGGGAAACCCUGCUCCAGAUGAGCAGUUCUCAAAGUGGGAGGCAUCAGAAGACGUCAGGGGAGAUGGCAGCUUGGGAAAAAUAAAGAAAAACGUAUGUGUAACAUCAAUUAUGUUCCAAGGCAAAAUGAAUGUCUUUUGAGUGAGAAAGUACUCAGUCUGGGCUAAGCAGAAAGCCACAAUAUGUUCCACAAAAUCAGUUCUUCAGGGAGUAGGGGGGGCGUUAGCUAUACUAUCUAUGUUCUCUAAGGGUAUUCUCCUAUAACCCCUAGUCUACAUGAUAAAUUACCAGACAUUGUCUGAUAUGAUCAAGGAUAGAAUCAUUUUCAUAAUGAAGAACCCAAAAAGUGUGUUUCCCCCCCCCCCAUUUCUAAUACUGUAGUAACACACUGCUUUGUCAGCACUCAGAUGCUAAACCAUAAUUAAAAAGUACUUGGAUCUAAUAGGUAAAUGAGGUGGAAAUAAAGUAGAUUAGUUUUUGUCACUUUAUUGUGUCAUUUCUAGCCAGAAUAUCGGCAUUCAACAAAUAAAAUAAUUUUGUUGAGUUCAUUACUCAUUCUGGGCUUAGCUGUAUAAUACUGACUGGCAUUAUGGGGUACAAUUUUCUCAUUUAUUACUGUAGUUGCUUUGCUUAAAAAAUGACCUCUCACAACACAUUUUUCUAAAUACAUACUGAUAAAAUAUCUUGGUUGAUGCUUGUUCACAAAAUAAAACAUGAUAUCCUGCUACGAACAUGUAACAAAUAUAGAGUGCUCGUUGUACAAAAAUCUUGAUUAAAAAAAAAAAGAAUUGCACGUUUGGUUGCAUAAAAUGUCGCUAAGUAACUUAGCUGUUUCCUGUAACAUGUUUGCAAUGUCACCUUAAGCAAUGCAUAGAAAUCACUGCUUACAAGUAAAAAAAGCCAAUUAAGUCCAGUG